UCCCCGGAAGUCCCGCCUGUCUCUAGAGGGUGUCCCGGAAGUGCUGCUGUUGUAGCGGGCAUGAUGGCUUCAAGGUUACUUCGCGGAGCUGGAGCGCUCGUCGCGCAGGCCCUGAAGGCUCGCGGUCCCAAUGCGGUAGCUGCCGUGCGCUCCAUGGCGUCUGGAGGUGGUGUUCCUACAGAUGAGGAGCAGGCGACUGGGCUGGAGCGGGAGGUCAUGAUGGCUGCGCGGAAGGGACUGGACCCAUACAAUAUGCUAGCCCCAAAGGCAGCUGCAGGUACCAAGGAGGAUCCUAAUUUAGUGCCCUCCAUCACUGACAAGCGAAUAGUGGGCUGCAUCUGUGAAGAGGACAACAGUGCUGUCAUCUGGUUCUGGCUGCACAAAGGCGAGACCCAGCGAUGCCCUAGCUGUGGAACCCAUUAUAAGCUGGUGCCCCACCAGUUGGCCCAUUGAGCCCCUACACUCUCUCAAAAUGUGCUGUAAAGCUUCUUGUCUCUUAUAAAGACUAGCCAUUGUUUUGGCUCCUCCCA